GACAUAAUUUGUUCUGUGAACCUCCAACAUGAUUGUUUUCAGGGGAAAUGUCAGGCCACAGGUCAAGAGGUGGUCAGACAAGAACAGAAACUCACAGGGAAAAAGUGCAGUGUCAUGGCCCAUGUGGAUGAAAAUCAUUUCAUUGUGAAUACUCAUGCUCUCCACAAUGCGAAGUACAUUCAUAAGGCCCUUCCUCCCAGACUCUUACCCUCA